AUGUCACAAUUACGUUCAAUACCACGAGCCCUAAAGCUCCCCCUCACAAAAUUACAAACCCCCCUCCAACACCGACCAUUCACCCAAACCCAUUCAACCCACGGCAAAAAACCACUACCCCCACGCCUCAAACUCGACGACUCAGACUUAUCAGUAGCCUACCUAAAGGGUACCGGACCAGGCGGGCAGAAGAUCAACAAAACCAAUUCCGCCGUCCAAAUCAGCCACAAACCAACUGGAAUUGUAAUAAAAUGCCAAGCGACGCGCUCGCAGUCUCAGAAUCAUAAGAUUGCGCGGUCGUUGUUGGCGGAUCGGGUUGAGGCUCAUCUUAAGGGGGAUCAGAGUCCGAGUCGGGUUUCUAUUAAGGCUGAGGCGGCUAGGAAGAAGAAGGCUAGUAAGGUUAAGAAGGCUAGGCGGAAGUAUUGGGGGUUGGAGGGGGAGAGUGCGGAGCUUGAGGGUGAAGAGGGGGGUGGGGAUGAUGGGGAGGUACUAGAUGCUGAUUCAUUGGCAGGUGAAAGUGAGGAUGGAGUUGGAGGGAGAAGGGUUGAGGAGGGGGAGGUGCAAGAGGUUGAGUCGAGGAAAGGUCUGAAGGAUACUAAGGAUGAGAGUGUAUAA